UGACUGGUGCUGGUUCUGUAGGUAACAUUCAACGAGCUAGUGAGGGUAAAAUCGUCAAUCUUGAAUAGGCUCAUUUAUUUCGCAAUAAACGACUCCAUCACUCAUAAUGCAUUGAAAGUGUGUGACCACGUGAUCAAAGACGCAAUUAGUCAAGUCAACAUGUCGAUGUCUUCUUUGCAGAGCAUUGAGAGAUUUUCAGACAAUUCGGUGAUUAGUGAUCUCAUGACAUGCCUAAGUACCGCAAUCACCGACCAAACGACGUGUUUGGACGGACUAACAGAGUACAAAGAGAAUAUUCCUCCGUCGAUCCUUGAAGAAACAAGGGCAUUAAUGGAAAAUGCCACGGUUUUUACUAGCAACAGCUUGGCAAUCAUUUCAAACAUGUUCAAAAUCGUACGAGGUUUUCAGAUCUCGGUUAAUGAUCAUAGGAGAUUGCUCCGAGUGGAGGAAGUGCGUCUGAGACCUAAUCUGACGGUGGCAAAAGAUGGCAGUGGGGAUUAUCGGACUAUAACCGAGGCUGUGAAGGCAAUGCCUAGAAGAAGUGAAAAUAGAUUCUUUAUUUAUGUGAAAAAGGGUAAAUACGAAGAAAACGUGUUUGUCGAUUCCGAUUCUUGGAAUCUGAUGAUAUAUGGAGAUGGAAUGAAGAAGACGAUAGUUUCGAGCAGCUUGAACUAUAUGGAUGGAGUGGCCACGUUCAAUAGCGGCACCUUCAGUAAGUUACCUAUUUAAAUUCCUAUAGU